AUGGAUCAUGAGAAUACUGUGAAAGCGUACUCCGCGUCGCCGAGUAUGCUGGGUAGGGGACAUUCAUUGCUGGAGCCUCAAGGUCCUGUGUGGAGCGUCGACGCAUCUCAGUAUCAUCCCCAGCUGGCGGUUGGCGCUGCUGACGGAUCCUGUUCUACCACGAACACGCUGAGAUCAACACGAAGGGGUGGCUCUGUGCCCUUCUUUGUACAUAAGCUCUACCAAAUGGACUACAGUCGUAACACAAAAGAGUAUCGCAUGCUAGAUAGAUUUCUUCCCCAAUCACCCGAGCAGCGAACAACAAAUCAAAAGGUGGUACCUCCAACGUUAACGCUAAUCCUCCUGGUACGGGCGCAUGGCCGCGAGAGGUUGGCGUCCAUCGCGUAUCAUGGAAUAGUGGAAACGGACUUGCAGCGUCAGGCCUGCUCGCGUCAGCUACUGCUUCGGGGAUUUGUAGAGUCGAUGUGCUUUGGGGGAGAUGGAUCAAAGACAAGCUACCUUAUGGAGGCAUUGAGCAGAUUAGGGGAGAGUCAGAUGGUGACGGUGAUGCUAUGGACGUUGAUUCAGAAGCGUCGGACGUAG